AUGUCUUAUUUAAGGUUCCUUUAUAGAAAAAGUGUGUCUCACUUGCAAACUCAAGUAAGAUCUAAUCAUGCACAACAACUCAAGGAAGAAGUACGAAGGAGGGAAAUUAGUAAGAUCUUGAUAGCCAACCGAGGUGAAAUAGCAUGCAGAGUUAUGAGAACUGCUAAAAAAUUGGGUGUACGUACUGUUGCUGUCUACUCAGAUGCAGACAAAAAUGCCAUGCAUGUUGAAAUGGCAGAUGAAGCAUACCACAUUGGACCAGCACCCUCAACAAAAAGCUACCUAAAUGCCACAAAAAUUCUGGAAGUUGCUAAGAAAUCUAAAAGUCAAGCUAUCCAUCCCGGUUAUGGGUUCCUAUCUGAGAAUGUCGAAUUCUGUGAAAAGUGUGCAAGUGAAGAUGUUGUUUUUAUUGGACCUCCACCAACUGCAAUCAGAGAUAUGGGAAUUAAAAGCACGUCAAAAGCUAUAAUGUCAGCUGCAGGUGUGCCUAUUGUUAAAGGUUAUCAUGGGGAAGAACAAAGUAUUGAAAAAUUAACAGCUGAGGCUCAGCGGAUUGGUUUUCCUCUCAUGAUAAAAGCUGUCCGAGGUGGCGGUGGUAAGGGUAUGAGAAUAGCCAUGACAGAGGCUGAUUUCUUACCGCAAUUGGAAUCAGCUAAGCGUGAGUCAUUAAAAUCGUUUGGAGAUGACAACAUGCUGCUAGAACAAUAUAUUACCGACCCUAGACAUGUUGAAGUUCAGGUGUUCGCCGACAUGCAUGGUAAUGCAGUUCAUUUGUUUGAAAGAGACUGUUCAGUCCAAAGGCGCCAUCAAAAGAUCAUUGAGGAAGCACCAGCUCCAGGUUUAUCAGAGGAGACUCGUAGGGCUAUAGGAGAAGCUGCAGUACGAGCCGCUAAAGCUGUGGGCUACGUAGGUGCGGGCACCGUGGAGUUCAUUCUGCACCGACAGACUCAUGAAUUUCACUUCAUGGAGAUGAACACUAGGCUCCAGGUCGAACAUCCCAUCACUGAAAUGAUUACCGGCACGGACUUGGUUGAGUGGCAAUUGCGCGUUGCCGCAGGGGAACAGUUACCGUUGUCACAAGAAGAGAUCAUUCGCCGCGGUCACGCUGUUGAAUGUCGUAUUUACGCGGAAGAACCAAGGGCCGGCUUCUUGCCUCGUGCAGGCACCUUGCACCGACUGAGACAGCCAGAACCUGAAGAAUUCGUCCGGGUGGAAACAGGAGUGCGCCAAGGCCAGGAAGUGUCAGUCCACUACGAUCCCAUGAUCGCAAAGCUGGUAGUGUGGGGUCGCGACCGCACAGAGGCUCUUGCUAAAACCAGAGCUAAACUCUCUGAAUACCAGGUGGCUGGUCUCGAAACGAACGUAAACUUUCUCCUUCGCUUGAGUGGAGCUAAAGCUUUCGUGGAAGGAGACGUGCACACCGCGUUCAUCCCACAACAUGAGCUGGAACUGUUCCCGAAGUCUGACUCGGUACUCUCUGAGGACCGCGCUAUACAGGCCACACUCGGACAUUUGCUUAGCAGUCAAGUAGCCAACACUACAAACGAUAGCUGGAAAGGUAUCGCAGUGGCACCGGAGGGAUGGAGGCCGAACUACCAAUUAAAGAGAACUAUACCGUUGAGGUUCGACGAAAAAGAUCUUUCAGUGACAGUAGAAAACACAAGCAAACACAACACGUACCGUGUGCAAGUGAACGAUGGAGAAAUGUACGAAGUAGAGGCGUCGUUACAGCACACCGAGAAAGGUUUACGACUCAAUACAUUGAUAGGGGACAAGAAGAGUAAUGUGGGACUGUUGACAUAUGAUCAACAAGUACACGUCUAUGAUGAGAAUGGACAGACAGUAGUGGAGUUGCCUCGACCUAAAUUCCAAGCGGCCAGUGGAGCAGACGCAGCAGCCUCGGCCAACAGCGCGUCGUCCCCCACGCCGGGAAUACUUGAAAGGAUACUUGUCAACAAGGGAGACAAAGUAGUGAAAGGCCAGCCUCUCUUCGUGGUAAUAGCAAUGAAGAUGGAGUACGUGGUUCGCUCCCCACGUGACGGUGUCGUAGCUAAUCUCGCGCCUUUCAAGCUAGGAGAUGCUGUCGGCAAAGGGACACAAGUUGUAAUGCUGGAAGGAGAUAGUUAA